AUGAAUGCGACGGAAACAGUGACCGUGACGGACACCCAGCCGCUCAGCGAGGUUGUUCACAAAAUGUUCGAACGGCCCCAGGAGCCGUUCCUGCAAACUCUAGCUGCCCAAGUCAUCGCGGGAAUAUUCGUGUGGACAGCGUUAUUCAUCACUUGCCAACAGAUCUACCAACACUUGCGCUGGUAUACGAACCCCUCGGAGCAACGAUGGAUCGUGCGCAUUCUAUUCAUCGUGCCGAUAUACGGCUGUUACAGCUGGAUCUCGUUGUUGUUCUUCAACAACGAUUCGUACUACGUAUACUUCUUCACCGUCAGGGACUGUUAUGAAGCAUUCGUGAUCUACAGCUUCCUGUCCCUAUGUUACGAGUACCUCGGCGGUGAGGGUAACAUUAUGUCCGAAUUGCGUGGACGGCCGGUACGCGCGUCCUGUAUGAACGGCACAUGUUGCCUCUCUGGUGCCACCUACACUAUAGGUUUUCUGCGAUUCUGUAAACAAGCCACGUUGCAGUUCUGCCUCGUGAAGCCAUUGUGCGCCUUUAUCAUUAUAUUUCUACAGUCCGCAGGGCAUUAUCACGACGGCGACUGGAGUCCCAACGGUGGUUACAUCUACAUUACGAUCGUCUACAACUUCUCUGUCUCGCUCGCACUCUACGGCCUCUUCCUCUUCUUGGGCGCCACGCGCGAGAUGCUCAAACCGUUCGAUCCCGUACUGAAGUUUUUCACCGUUAAAUCUGUCAUUUUCCUCUCGUUUUGGCAAGGCGUCGCCCUCGCGAUAUUGGAGAAGGCGGACGUGAUAUCGCCCAUAUUGGACGGUAACGGCGUGCCGACGACCGCCGGUACCGUGUCCGCGGGCUACCAGAACUUCCUGAUCUGUAUCGAGAUGUUGGCGGCGGCGGUGGCGCUCCGGUACGCGUUCCCCGCGCACGUGUACGCGCACGCCCACCGCGACCCGCAUCGCUCCGUCACUAUGCAGUCGAUAUCCAGCAGCCUCAAGGAGACAAUGAAUCCCAAGGACAUAAUGACGGACGCGUUUCAUAAUUUCCACCCGCAGUAUCAACAAUACACGCAGUACAGCUCUGAUGUCACUUCUCAACUGCCUUAUGAGAAACUAUAA